GGUCCGGAGCGGUCCGCGGUGGCGGGAGUUUUCGGAUGUGUUGGCGGUGGCCCCGGCAGCAGCGGUUGGGCUGAGUUGGGCCGACGGGGCGGGCGGCGGAACCAGGAAGGCCAGUCCGCCGCGGAUUUCCGAGCUCCCGUCUUGUGGCUCGCAUUGCGGCCGCCUUCUUUCCGUCCCCCAGAGCUGCGGGGAACGAUGGAUCGGCACCGGCCGCGGCUGCACCACCCGAAGCAGGGCUCCGCCGCCGGGGCGCCCUAUCCCGCCUCCGCCGCGCUUCGCGGCUGCCGGGAAAGCAAGAUGCCGCGCAGGAAGGGCCCCCAGCACCCUCCGCCCGGCGCCGCUGAGGAGCCUGGAGAGAAACGCCCCAAGUUUCAUUUAAAUAUUAGGACCCUGACGGAUGAUAUGCUGGACAAAUUUGCCAGCAUAAGAAUUCCAGGGAGCAAGAAAGAGAGACCUCCACUUUCCAACCUGAAGACUGCGUUUGCAAGCAAUGAUUGCUCUUCGGAGGUGAUGGAAAACAUUCCAAAGCCACUGUCACAGAAUGAAGUCUUAGAACUUUUCGAAAAGAUGAUGGAAGAUAUGAAUUUAAAUGAAGAUAAGAAGGCACCAUUGCGGGAAAAGGACUUCAGCAUCAAAAAAGAAAUGGUGUUGCAGUACAUUAAUACUGCUUCCAAGACAGGAAGUCUUAAGAGUAGGCGACAGAUCUCACCUCAGGAAUUCAUCCAUGAACUGAAAAUGGGGUGUGCAGAUGAGAGACUUGUCACAUGUCUGGAGUCCCUUCGCGUGUCUUUGACUAGUAAUCCUGUGAGUUGGGUGGAGAGCUUUGGACGCGAGGGGCUUGGAUUAUUACUGGACAUUUUGGAAAGACUGAUUAGUGGCAAAAUACAAGAAAAAAUUGUAAAGAAGAAUCAGCAUAAAGUCAUACAGUGUCUAAAGGCUUUGAUGAAUACACAGUAUGGCUUGGAAAGAAUUAUGAGUGAAGAGAGGAGUCUUUCUUUAUUAGCCAAAGCCAUCGAUCCCGAGCACCCAAGUAUGAUGACAGAUGUGGUGAAACUCCUGUCUGCGGUGUGCAUUGUAGGAGAAGAAAGCAUCCUUGAAGAGGUUUUAGAAGCUUUAACAUCAGCUGGAGAAGAAAGAAAAAUUGACAGAUUUUCACCUAUUGUGGAAGGUCUCCAGCACGAUUCAGUUCAAUUGCAAGUAGCGUGUAUGCAGCUCAUCAAUGCCCUUGUUACAUCUCCUGAUGAUUUGGACUUCAGGCUCCACAUCAGAAAUGAAUUUAUGCGUUGUGGAUUGAAAGAGAUCUUGCCAAACUUAAAAUGUAUGAAGAACGAUGGCCUGGAUAUCCAGCUUAAAGUGUUUGAUGAGCAUAAGGAAGAAGAUUUGCUUGAGUUCUCCCAUCGCCUUGAAGAUAUUAGAGCUGAACUUGAUGAAGCAUAUGAUAUUUACAACAUGGUGUGGAACUCAGUUAAGGAAACUAGAGCGGAGGGAUAUUUCAUUUCUAUUCUUCAGCAUCUUUUGCUGAUUCGAAAUGAUUAUUUUAUAAGGCAACAAUACUUCAAAUUAAUUGAUGAGUGUGUAUCUCAGAUUGUAUUGCAUAGAGAUGGGAUGGAUCCAGACUUCACAUAUCGAAAAAGACUAGAUUUAGAUUUAAGUCACUUUGUUGAUACUUGCAUAGAUCAAGCUAAACUGGAAGAGUUUGAAGAGAAAGCAUCGGAACUUUACAAGAAAUUUGAAAAAGAGUUUACCGACCACCAAGAAACUCAGGCCCAACUGCAGAAAAAGGAAGCAAAGAUUAAUGAACUUCAAGCAGAGUUACAAACUUUUAAGUCACAGUUUGGUGCCUUGCCAGCUGGUACGAAUAACGCUUUGCCGCUGUCCAAAGAAAAUGGAACUGGCCCCCCAGCACUGGCUCCUCCCCCGCCGCUGCCCUCCUGCCGAGGCGGGCCACCUCCACCCCCUCCCCCACCCCCUCCUCCACUUCCAGGAAUGCCAAUGCCCUUUGGUGGUCCUGUGCCCCCACCACCUCCCCUGGGAUUUCUCAGCGGGCGAAACUCUCCUCCUCCACCAACCCUACCAUUUGGGUUAAAACCAAAGAAAGAAUUUAAACCUGAAACCAGCAUGAGGAGAUUGAAUUGGUUAAAGAUCAGACCUCAUGAAAUGACUGAAAACUGUUUCUGGAUAAAAGCAAAUGAAAAUAAGUAUGAAAAUGUGGAUUUGCUUUGUAAACUUGAGAAUACAUUUUGUUGCCAACAAAAAGAGAGAAGAGAAGAGGAAGAUUUUGAAGAGAAGAAGGCUAUUAAGAAAAAAAUUAAAGAGCUUAAAUUUUUAGAUUCUAAAAUUGCCCAGAACCUUUCAAUCUUCCUGAGCUCUUUUCGGGUGCCAUAUGAGGAAAUCAAAAUGAUGAUACUGGAAGUGGAUGAAACACAGUUGGCAGAGUCUAUGAUUCAGAACCUAAUAAAGCAUCUUCCUGAUCAAGAACAAUUAAGUUCAUUGUCUCAGUUCAAGAGUGACUAUAACAACCUAUGUGAACCUGAGCAGUUUGCUGUUGUGAUGAGCAAUGUGAAGAGACUACGGCCACGGCUCAGUGCUAUUCUCUUUAAGCUGCAGUUUGAAGAGCAGGUGAACAACAUCAAACCUGACAUCAUGGCUGUCAGUACUGCCUGCGAGGAGAUAAAGCAGAGUAAAAGCUUCUGCAAGUUGCUGGAACUUGUGUUGCUAAUGGGAAACUACAUGAACGCGGGCUCCCGGAAUGCUCAAACCUUCGGAUUUAACCUUAGCUCUCUCUGUAAACUAAAGGACACAAAAUCAGCAGAUCAGAAAACAACACUACUUCAUUUUCUGGUGGAAGUAUGUGAAGAGAAGUACCCUGAUAUCCUGAAUUUUGUGGAUGAUUUGGAACAUUUAGACAAAGCCAGUAAAGUCUCUGUAGAAACGCUGGAAAAGAACUUGAAGCAGAUGGGAAGGCAGCUUCAACAGCUUGAGAAAGAUUUGGAAACCUUUCCCCCUCCUGAGGACUUGCAUGAUAAGUUUGUGACAAAGAUGUCCAGCUUUGUUAUCAGUGCAAAAGAACAAUACGAGAAACUUUUUAAGUUACAUGAAAAUAUGGAGAAGUCAUACCAGAAUAUGAUGGGAUACUACGCCAUUGAUGUGAAGAAGAUGUCUGUGGAAGACUUUUUAAAUGACUUGAAUAACUUCAGAACCACAUUCAUGCAAGCAAGAAAGGAGAAUGUCAAAAAAAGAGAAGCAGAGGAAAGGGAAAAACGUGCCCAAAUAGCCAAAGAAUUGGCAGAGAAGGAAAGGCUUGAACGCCAACAAAAGAAAAAGCGCUUAUUAGAAAUGAAGACUGAGGGUGAUGAGACAGGAGUGAUGGAUAGUCUGCUGGAGGCUUUGCAGUCGGGGGCUGCCUUCCGCGACAGAAGAAAAAGGACACCAAAACCAAAAGAUAUUCGGCAAAGUCUCAGUCCCAUGUCUCAGAGGCCUGUUCUGAAAGUUUGUAACCAUGAAUUAGAAGAUCCUGGUAGAGUAUCCUCAGACCUUGGAGCUAAAAUGUCCGAGAAUAUAUUUUGGCAGAAGAUGACCUCAAGCGCUCUAACUGCUAUGGGCUUCAGAAGCACAGAAAUUAUGCAUGUUCCGUAAUCCAGCCCUUAUGCUGUGCUCCAAACCUCUGCCAAAAAUACUUUGGUUAAAACUAUUGGUUGUUUUGGGGGUGCCUGGGUGGCUCAGUCAUUAAGCGACUGCCUUCGGCUCAGGUCAUGAUCCUGGAGUCCCGGGAUCGAGUCCCGCAUCGGGCUCCCUGCUCGGCAGGGAGUCUGCUUCUCCCUCUGACCCUCCCCCUUCUCAUGCUCUCUCUCUCUGUCUCAUUCUCUCUCAAAAAUAAAUAAAUAAAACCUUUAAAAAAAAAAAAAAAACUAUUGGUUGUUUUAUCUUUUGCUUUGCCUUUUACAGCCUCAGCAGAAAUUAAAUGCCCAGUAUUUUUCCUCCCUAAACCUUUAUUCCUUCAUUAAUUUAGCAAAAUUUAUGAAGCACUUGCUAGGCGCUUAAAAUAUAGAGAUACUCCCUAAGUGUUCAUCAUCUAGUUGGGACAGAUGAGUAGCAAUUCCCAUGCAUUUGGUUAAUGCCAGGAUAGAGGCAACACACAAAGUUUUGGGAACACCUGCAGGUGUGGAAGACGAAUCCAGACCUUAUGAGGACAAUCCAGACUUGACUUCUAGAAGGACCCUGAAAUCCAGGCUGGGUUUUGAGGAGUGAGUAGAAGUGAGGUCAAAAGGCCACGGGCAAGGGUAAGCCAAGGAAGAGCAACAGCAUGUGUACACUUUCUCAGAGCAUCUCCAGUGGACCCCGGUCUGUAAAACUGUAUGUCCUAAUAAGCCCAGUGGCUUUCCCACUUUGCAGUAGUCAUUUCCUAUAAAAUAUUCAGUGUCUGCCCCCUAGUCAUGGGUCCCCUCGAGGUGGGGACAAAGGGACCAAAGAUACCUGAUUCAUAUACUGCUGUAACCUCAGCACUUAGCUGCGCUGGUGCCCGGCACAUGGGUGUUUAGUAAGAACGUGUUGAAUGAACAGACAUGGUUAUGUUUAGGUUGGAAUGGAACAAGUAAUGUACGAUACCGAGCAAAAUCAGGUCGCUGGAUGUCACCCAAAUGAGUGGGCUUUAAUAUGCUAAUUGCUAAAGCUCCAGCUGUGAACACUGUUAACCCCCUCUCAUCUCCUCCCUAAAAUGUUAUCUGUCAUCGGAAGGAGCUAUUUGAUCAUCAGUGGUCUAUGCUUCAAAAGGUGUUAUAUCAAACAGGGAGGAUGCGGUUCAGUCUUGAUUGGAUUAUUCACUCUUUAGAAGCGGCAGGUUGCUUAUUAAUUAGAUUUCUUUCCCUUGCUUAAUCAAGCAGAGUUUAACAACAGUAAAUAAAACAAAGGGAAACUUCUGCUAAUGAGUACAGGGCAUUAUCUUGUGUCUUUACUCAACACAGUGCAUUCCAAAUCUGAAGAUUUUCUAUAGUCUGUGGAAAACAGUAAGAUUUCCUUUUAAGUCAAGAUAAUCAAAGUAUUUAUUAAUGUGUUUUUAUAAAGAUUGUACCAUACUUAGGUGUUAGUGAAUCAAAUGGUCUGGUUAAAAAUAAAGGACCACAUAGGAAAGAAACAUAUGGAGAGUCUGAUGCCAGACCAAGAAAUUGGUCUGUUGAGGUUUUUAAGCAAGAAAAUGACAGGUCUGAGCAGAUUUUCUGGAACUGAAGUGACAAAGUAGGAAAGUGGAAAGAAUCAAAAGGACUUCAUAGCCACCCUAGAUGUCGACAUGGAUUGGCCGCAAGGGAUGGGGAGUGAAUAAAAGAGCUUUUUAAAGUUUGAGGGAAGAAGCCAGGUCUAGAGCUGUGGGUUAAGAGACCCCCACAGAGAAUUGCUAAUGCUACUUAAGCUAAUGAGUUCUCUAAAGGAAAAUCUUUAAAUCUAGAGGAUAGCAAAUCAAGGGCUACACCUCAGGAAUGGACACAGGUGGGUAACGAAGUGAAUGAACAAGAGGCAGAAGAAAGAUGAAGAAAUCAGGGAGAAUGCAAGAUAGUCGAGCCAACAUUAAGAAGGUGGAAAGGAGACUUUCAAGGACUUGGUUUCCUCAUUUUCUCUCUUUUGUUUGUUUCUUUGUUUCUACAACUCGGUGGUAUACCACUGAGUGACUAGUGCUUUUUAGGAUGGAUACCUUACUUCCUACGCUCUUCCAGGACAUCUCUUCCUCUGCACACUAUGUAGACGCUUAUGUGUUCCCAACAAAGGUUUCGCAAAUAUGAACGGUGUAGCCACACCUUGUGGUACAUCUGCCUGCAAUUUGAUUGCAUCUUCAUUAGAAGGUUCUCUUUUCAUUAAAUACUACAGUGGGUUUUUUUUUCUCAGUUAAAUGGAUAUAGAGUAAUCAGAAAGAAUUCUAUAAACUAUACGCAAUUAAAACCCCUAAUGAUAAAACUAUUUAACUGUGACAAAAUAAGAUAAAACAUAAUCAAAAUUUUAGGCAAACAAGUAUUACACAUUUUUAGUGAACAUCCAUAACCUAAACAAAAUCUCGCUAUAUUAUCUUUACACUAAAUCAAUUCUUAAUAGCCUUAAUUUGGAUUUGAUUAUCUAUUUUUACUCUUCCACUUAUAUAUGGAGCUUUGAGAGAUUUUUAUAGAAAUAAGAUUGUAUUGCCGCCAGGCACAGCUGCUCUGCUACUCUAAGAUUUGAAGUCAGAAUUAAAUGUGAAGCUAGUUAGAUAUCUUUGAAUUAGCAUAUUUCUCACAAAAUAAGGGAGGCAACACAAGACAGGCUUCCGUUGUUGAUCUAUCAAAACUUCACACAUAACCACCCCGCUCUCCCUAAUCCACUCGGUCUUGGGUCCUCUUUAUUUCUUGACCUACCUUCCCCCAAACAACAAGAAUUUGUCUUGAGGCAGAAUUAUGAAAUUAGUAAGGUUUUCAAUAGUGUCUACUGAACACUAGCUGCCUUAAGGCUUGUUUGAAAACAGUGAGGACGACACCAAACCACUCCUUGCCUAGAAAACCUUAUCUAUCAAAGUGAAUGUUGACAACUACCAUUUUUAUUUCUUUGAACUGUAUACUAAUUUAAAGUAGAAAAGGGCCUAGGGAAUAAUAAAGUAAGAUUAUAUGAUUUUGCCAAAUGUCAUUGGCUCACGUUCUUCAGGAUAUUUUUUGUUCUCUUUCCGAUGAACUUCUGCUGCUAAAUACCUAAGAAAGAAAGAGAGCUAUUAAAAUACUAAUUGUUUUUGACACCUUACACUGGAGCUUUCAAGCAGAAUCAAAUGCUACCUGUAGCUGUCAAAAAACACUUAAAUAUUUUUUUAAGGAGAUUUUUCUAGUCCAGGAGUGUAAAACAAUUUGGGUGAUUUCACAUUUUAUUCAAAUCACAGUCUCUCCUAUUUACUAUGUAGUCAAGCGAAAGGAAGAAUGGACUCAGCAGGGCUCCUGCCUAGGCAAGGAUGCCCGGUGGGCAGAAGGGAAAGGCCUUUCUAAUUUAUAGUCAAGGCAGGGACAACCUUCUGGCUUAGUCAUUAUCAUAUACGCUCUUAAGCACGAACAGGUUAAAAAAAUCCUCAAGCACUAAGGACUUCAAGUUGUUUCAAAAGGACAUUUAUGCAAGAAAUAGCAAACGCCUUUCAUUUAAUGAGCAUCCACAAACGUGUGCUGAAGGCUGGAACUAAAUUGAGUGAAAAGGGAUAAAGGACUACUGCAUAAGGAAAGUAAUGUCCUUGACCUCCCUGAAAUAGUUGCUGUGAUUAAUAUGUCUUUUGUUCUGUUUGUGUGCCAUAGUGGACUAUAAUUACAUGAUAUUUCAAGAUUUCUGGCCCACUCUAAAUUUCUCCCAUUCCUCGUAGUACAGGCUUAGAAGGAGUCAGUGGAUAGACUUUAGAAGCUCCUUGAACUCUGUCCUUUAGUUUUAGAUUUUGUGUUUGGGCCUAUUUUCUUUCCUGGCGACAGGAUCUCUUGAUUUAAUCGAAUUUCACCCUGCAACCCCCCAGAAAGAUUAAAGAAGAAUUAUUGAUCGUGUUGAUUACUGGCUUGUGUAUUGUUGAUUGCUUUUCUCUUUUUCCACGUGUUACAUUUUUACAUGUACUUAAGGGGAGGCCACUUGUACUGCCACUUUGUCACUUGAGAACUAACGUCGCAUUGACAUAAUCACAAACGUGGAAAACGUGUCAAGCGGUUGGCAGAUCUACAGUCAUAAUGACAAAUAAAUUGUUUAAGAUAAACAGUUACGAUUCAAUGAAAUGGUGCUACUGGGAAGCUUCCCCCAGGGUAAAAGGAGAAGGCAUCAUUUGUGCCUCGGAUCCAGUCAUUAGUCUUACUGGGUCUUCUGGGCAGGGUGGUGUGCAGAGCUCAUCUGGGCUCUGCAACUUGGAAGGAGCAGGCAAGGGAAAGA